CUCGAAGGUCAACGCCCCCUCCUUCCACCUAUUUUCUCUCUGUUUCCUUUCCUUUCUCCUUUCCCCACUCCUUCCACUUAUCUUUCCCUUUGCCAUUAGGGCUUCCAUUCUCUCUCCUUUACUUCACGUAGAAAAGGACUCACCUUUGUCUAUCUCCAGCUUCGGCUUCGCCUUCGAUGGGCAACGGGCUCGCGGGGCUCGCCCACUGCUACUCCGGUGGCGGACGCCGCCAUGGCUCAGCCGCUGUGUCUUGGGACCCGUGCGACGAGGGGCUAGGCCACUCCUUCUGCUACCUCAGGCCUGACGCUGCCUGCGGCGUCUCCGGUCGCCCCUCCGCCACCGCCGUCGCCAAGGUCCACAACUUGGAGGAGACCACCACCUUUCGGUCCAUCUCCGGGGCCGCGGUGAGCGCCAACGCCUCCACCCCGCUGUCGACGUCCCUCCUCGACUUCGCCGGCCCUACCGCGGCUUCCGCCUUCGAGAGCUCCACCUCUUUCUCCUCUGUCGCACUCCAGCCUGUCCCGCGCUUCUCCGGGCCGCUCUCUGGCCCGCUUGCCGCCGCCGACCGGGGGUUCAUGUCGGGCCCCAUCGAGAGGGGUUUCAUGUCCGGGCCGAUCGAGAACCAAUCCGCUCUCUUCUCUGCCCCCUUCGAGAAGGCCCCGUUCUUCUCCGACCAACUCCGGCGCAGCCUCUCGCGCCGCCUCCCGAAAUCCGGCCGGGCCGCCGCGCGCUCUAUCUUUCGUGGGCUUACCAAGGCCAUCGCGAGGACCAUGUCCACCACCGCCUACGGCCACGGAUCCAUCGUCGCGCCCGUAAAGGGGUCGAAAUAUUCCCACUCGGCCGGCGGCGGAAUAACGAAUCCGCGCGGGUGCAGCGGUCGUAGCAUUGUGGAGGCGACACAGUGGUCGGAUUCGCUCGACUCCUUAAGCGGCAGUCUCCAUUGGGCGCAGGGGAAAGCCGGGGAGGACCGCGUCCAAGUCGUCGUCUCGGAGGACCAUGGUUGGGUCUUCGUCGGCAUCUACGACGGCUUCAAUGGCCCCGACGCCACAGAUUACCUCCUUUCCAAUCUCUACUCGGCUGUACAGCGAGAGCUCAAAGGACUUCUUUGGGACGACAAAGAUGACACCUUUUGCCAUGAGGCUUUUGAUGAUUCGGUCGCUCUUGCGGCCGCCGACGAAUUUAAUCCCACUGUUGCAGCGAAUUGGACAUCAAACACUCGCUGCUGUAAAGAAGGCAGACAUCACAGGAGGAAGCUAAGAGGUGCUGCCAAGAAGUGGGAGGAGAAACACCGGAGACAGAGGUGCGAGUUUGAGAAGGAAAGGUUGGAGUUUGACAGGAGGUUGAAGGAGCAACUAAGCAGGGCGAGUCCCGAUCACGCUGUGAACCACUCACAAGUGUUGAAAGCUCUCUCUCGAUCUCUCAGGAACACAGAAGACUCCUUUUUGGACAUUGCAGACAAGAUUGGUUCCGAGAAUCCUGAGCUUGCGCUCAUGGGUUCGUGCGUCUUGGUGAUGCUAAUGAAGGGGGAAGAUGUAUAUCUGAUGAGUGUGGGUGAUAGCCGUGCAAUUCUGGCACGGAAGGAAGAACGUGAUUUGUGGACCUCGAUAGGUAAGGCUAGGCAGGAUCUUGAAAGAAUUAAUGAAGAAACACUCUUUGAUCUUGAAGGUCUCAGUGAUGGCCAUCCAUCCAAUGAACUGUCAAAUUUAUCAGCCUUGCAGCUGACUUCUGAUCAUAGCACUUCAAUUGAAGAGGAAGUUCGAAGAAUUAGGAAUGAGCACCCCGAUGAUGCUUCUGCCAUUUCAAAUGAUCGCGUUAAGGGCUCACUGAAGGUCACAAGAGCUUUUGGUGCUGGCUUCCUGAAACAACCCAAAUGGAACAAUGCUCUUCUAGAGAUGUUCAGAAUCGAUUACGUUGGGACCUCACCAUACAUCACAUGCAACCCAUCUCUGUAUCACCACAAGCUCGGCCCAAAAGAUAGAUUUCUGAUACUAUCAUCUGAUGGGCUCUACCAAUACUUCACUAACGAAGAAGCAGUUGCUCAAGUUGAAAUGUUCAUCGCAGCAACACCUGAAGGUGAUCCUGCUCAACAUCUUGCGGAAGAAGUACUCAUCCGUGCAGCUAAGCGUGCCGGUAUGGAUUUCCAUGAUCUGCUUGAGAUCCCACAAGGUGACAGACGACGAUAUCAUGAUGAUAUCUCCAUCAUCAUCAUAUCUUUAGAAGGACGAAUAUGGAGAUCUUGUACGCAAACAUGAGUACAAAGUAUAAACAAGUCUUAGAGAUCCACCAAAAACAGCUCUCAGGUUGUGCUCAUGCCAUUCCAGUUGAGAUUUUGAGGAGACUCAAUGCCAUGUAUAGUCAAGUAUUAGGUGCUGUGAAGUUACGAAAGCUGCUUUGAGCAGAUCCAGACAACUAUAGUGAGAACACUUCAUCUGUAUGGUUGUCAACAAGAGUAAUUAUUUCAAAUAAUUAGUGUGACCAAUUGGUCCAUGUAAUUCUUUUAAGAUGUUGUCUAAUUUUCAUGUUUUUGCUUCGAUAUUACUCACUUACAUUGAUGAAAUUAUUGUUAUCAUUUAUUUAAAAUCUUGUCCAUGUAAUA